AUGACGGAACCUCCCGAGGAAUCCUUGACCUCACCGAGUGAGACCAAUUCUGGAAACGCAGGGAUAUUCACACAGGAUCCAUCAAAGGCAUACAUUGCUGAACAGGACAGCAAACUGUGUUCGAACGCAUUGAUCGACGUCAUUCAUUCAGGUCCUACGCCAAUACUCCUUCUUUCCCAGGACAUCUUAUGCAAUGAGGACGCACUUGUUGGCCUCAAUCGCUUCUGCUAUUUCUGUCAGCAGCUAUGUGAGGCAUCGCGAGUUUUGAAUACUCACGUUCACGAGGAAGAUGGCGCGAUUCCCACGCAGGAGCCAUCAGGCCUUGGGGACCAUCGCCAUCGGCCGUUCGGGAUGCCCCACCGUCAGAUUCGAGAGUACUUCGACUUCUGGCCUUCAACUGCGGAGAUGUUGUCGUCUGCGCGUAACGGCUGUCAUCUGUGCUCCAUGAUGUGCCAAGAAUUCCUCCAAACACUGCAUAAUUACCACGGUUCCGCUGAGUCUUUUGCAGAUGGUCUCUCCACUGGCUUUUUCCAACUCGAUCGUAAAAACUUGGACAGUUCCGCUGAGCUUGUGGAAGGUGUUCUCUCUUAUGGGCCUUUGAAACUCGUCGUCUGCUGGACGUGGUGGCUUCCCAGUCCGAAACCCAAUGCUUUCGGUUCUGCUUCGGAGGCUAUGAUGACCUGGGAUCUCUAUAUUGAGUGGCCGUCGAAAGGCUCCCCGAAUAACUAUCACCAGGACCCGCCGUUCCUAGGCCCUCGACAUUCUAUGUACCUUCGGAACUUAUGUGUUGAUGCAAUGCGGACCAAGGAGGUGAUACUGUCAGAGUUGCAAGCGAGUGACGACUAUCACUAUCGGAAAGAUUCCAGGACCAAUAUAGUGAUCCCCCGAGACUCCCCAAAGCUCGGGACAGGGAAGGACCACUUGCUUAGCCAUUAUACCGGAUCCGAAGCAGUGAUGAAUAUGGCAAACAGAUGGAUUUCUGCGUGUCAUAAAGAGCACAGCUGCCGCGAACAUCCUAACUGCGCGACGCGUGAUUCAUCGUUCAGGCCAACCCGGCUCCUAGACGUCGGCGACCCAAGCAGUAUUAAAAACCCCCGGCUCAACAUUAAGGAAAAUGAUGCCGGCCCAGUUCAAUAUCUCGCUCUGAGUCACUGCUGGGGUACCAACGUGAAAAGCUUCUACAUGUUGACGAAGGAAACGGAGGCAGAGCUGGCGCGGGGAGUUCACAUCGAAACAUUGUCUCAAACAUUUCAAGACGCAGUUAAAGUGUGCAGGAAACUAAAGAAGCGCUAUAUCUGGAUUGACUCGUUGUGUAUUAGGCAAGACGAUCCUGAUGAUUGGCUUCGGGAGGCGGCCCAGAUGCACCUGGUCUACGCCAAUUCCUAUUGCACUAUCGCCGCAGUCUGCGCAAGCAGUGGCGGAGAAGGCUUUUUACGCUCAAGGAAUCCACGGUUACAUCAGGCGUGCAACUUUCCUACAAAGAUCUGGGCUUCCAUCAGCGGAUUAAGUCACCGCCCAGAAGAGCUGCGAGCAUGUCCCCCCGAACCUCUUUUUUCACGAGCGUGGACAUUGCAGGAGAGGCUUCUGAGCCCGCGCAUCCUGAAAUUCGGCGAGGAGGCAAUCAGCUGGGAAUGCCAAGAGUGCGAACUGACCGAAGACGGCCGCGAACCACCCUCUAUGCGUAAUGCUAAAAUCGGAAUAUCUCACGCGGAGAUGAUGCAGUUGUGCACAGGCCGAGAACUUCAUAGCAACCCAAUGUCUCAAUCGGCUUUUCUAUUUCUAUGGAGGAAGCUCUUGUCUGCUUACACGGAAAUGGCUCUGACACAGCCAGCGGACAGGCCCUUCGCGUUCCAAGGCAUUACUUCACACAUAGCUCGCCUUAGCAGCAAAGUCGCCGGGGACGGCGGCGAGGGGACAACAUUCUUUGACGGGCUGCCGAUUGCUGGCACAUUCCAACUCAAAGAGAGAUCCCAGAUUAUCGAGCUCUUCCCUCAGUGGGAGCCUGGGCCGGAGAGCGAACCGAUGGAUAUGAGCGGUGUGAACCAGGACGGCUGGCAACCAAACAGCGCUGCUGGGAUUGUGCUCAUUAGGAGCCAAAAUAGGGAGGACAGUAUGCUUGUGGAUCAGAGUGAGGAGGUCCAUACCAGGAUCGGAUACUGGGAGCUGGAGCAGUGGAACCAAUAUCACCCGCCGUACGGGCUCAUCCGCGAAGAGGCUGAGGUGCGGCGGAUUGUUAUCAUCUGA